AUGGCGGACCAUAGCAAAAAGCGCAAAGCGUCGGCAUCUGUUGUCGUUCAUCAAAACUCUUACGACAACGCCAGUCCUGCCAAGAAGAGAAAGGGCGAAGUUCAAGAACAACAUAUAGAACACAUUGAUACUUCCAAACCUACCGCCAUCUUUAAUCCUACCAAAGGUCGUGACUGGACCGUUACUAUUGCCUUGCCCGGUAGCUGGACUCUAAACGCCAAGAAGCCUGAUCACAAGACCAUCCAAGUCGGACGCAUCGCACGCGCAGCCGCCAUCUACUGCGUCGAUGAAAUCGUCGUAUAUGACGAUGACCCAAGUAACGUUGAUACCAGAGUUGUGGAUCCAAAGUACAUACGCAAAGGGCGCACCAAGCAACAAGUUCUCGACUCCAUCAUGGAACACGACGAAGCCUGGCAGAAUCCCGACCAAUUCCUCUACCACUUGUUGUCUUAUGCCGAGUGUCCUCCCCAUCUCCGGUACGAUGCCGAGGAUCCCCGAAUGAGCAUCUUCAAGGAGCAUCAGAAUCUGAAGUGGGUUGGUAAUCUGCCCAGUAUGGAUAUGCCGCAUCAUCUUCGGAGUCACGAGUGGUGUCGGUACCGCGAAGGCGUGUUUGUCGGUCCUGCACCUGCGCCCACACCCAAGAGCAAAAAACCGAAAAAGUCGCCGUCGUCAGACGAUCAUGAGUACGCAUAUGUCAAGUGCGGUCUGCCGUACCCAAUCCGCGUCCCCGUACCCAAGGAAGCCCCUGUCGAACAAGGCAUGCGCACAACCGUCCGCUUUACAGACGCUGAGGAACCUCCCAACUGGCCCCAUUUAUCGCAGCUGGAAUGCGACAAUCUAGAUGCUACUGCGUGUGCAGCUAGCCUCCCUCGCGAGGAAGGAGGCUACUACUGGGGCUACACCGUCCGACGCGCCCCGUCCAUCAGCGCCGUGUUUUCCGAUUGCGAAUACCCAGAUGGCUACGACAUGUCGAUUGGAACCUCGGAACGUGGUCAGUCGGUUUACUCGCUCUUCUCUGGUCAUGCCAACGACGCCGGUAGCGACAGGUCUGCGAUAACAACAGUAAAGGCUCCCAAUUCUUUCAAACAUCUCCUCAUUGUAUUUGGUGGUCAAGCGGGUAUAGAGCCGGCUGUGGCUAAUGACCCUGUUCUGGCGGAAAAGGGGCUGGACAAGUCGAUGGCUAGUGAGCUUUUUGAUGCUUGGGUUAAUUUGGUGCCGAAGCAGGGGAGCAGGACGAUUAGGACGGAGGAGGCGGUUGUUAUUGGGCUGGCGGCGUUGAAGCCUUGGAUUGAUGGGAUGGAUGGGGAGUAG